UGAAGACAUUGGUUGGUGUUGAUGAUCUUAAGGCGCGCCCGUUCGCUUUAUAGACUGAGUAGCAUUUGAUAGCGAAGAAUCUAACAACGAUGAGUGUCAUCAUCUGGGAAAGCUGUGGCUCAAACAUCGGGCUUGAGCGAGGCUUGCUGGGCUUGGAACAGGCGUGAGGGAGCCAAGGUUCGGCAUCAGUCUGACUUGCCGGUGGAUGCGGGGGCAUAAAAGAAGAUUAGGGAAAAUCGAGGGGUAGCUUUUGAAGAAGCUUUUCGAGAAGCCUCAUUGUACCAAGAAUGGGCAAUACUAUGCUUCGGUCUGGCUGCUAUUCAUCCGACAAAGGCAGGUUCAUGCCGGUGGUAUCGGCGACAAAUCUCAGCUGCGACUACUCUAUCGUACCAGAAGGGUGUCGUCCCAGGAAGGCAUGAGAAAGAUUCGGUCCACUACCGAGGACAAUCGAGGGGUGGCAUGCACGUACGGCCAUAGUCAGCUGAAAACUGGGCAUCCCGUCCGCUCUGCCAUACAUAAGCAGUUGAACGGCAGAUUAGUACUACGGUGGGUGACCACGUGGGAAUCCCUGCUGCUGUACGUUUUGCGUCUCUUUUGGUCUAGUGAUAAGCCAGUACCCGAUGGCAUGAUGCCAAGCAAGCAGAGGCGAGUACACCAGACGGUCGUGCGAGAAAUGUCUGGACCAAAACCUUGGACAAUCUGUACGUUGGUUCAGAAAUCAUGACUCCAUUCUAUGCACCUGUUUUACCCUGUCUAUAAUGUGUGCUCCAUCUUUU